GGCGUCCGAGGCCCGCGCCGCUUCCCGGAAGUGGAGGGCUUCGCUUCCGGCUCUGAGCUGCCGUCCCAAGAUGGCGCCGCUGGACCUGGACAAGUACGUGGAGAUCGCACGGCUCUGCAAGUACCUGCCCGAGAAUGACCUCAAGCGCCUGUGCGACUACGUGUGCGACCUGCUGCUGGAGGAGUCCAACGUGCAGCCCGUCUCCACGCCCGUCACCGUCUGCGGGGACAUCCACGGGCAGUUCUACGACCUGUGCGAGCUGUUCCGGACCGGCGGGCAGGUGCCUGACACCAACUACAUCUUCAUGGGUGACUUUGUAGAUAGAGGUUACUAUAGUCUUGAGACUUUCACUUAUCUUCUCGCACUAAAAGCUAAAUGGCCCGAUCGUAUCACGCUGUUACGAGGCAAUCAUGAAAGCAGGCAGAUAACGCAAGUGUAUGGAUUUUAUGAUGAGUGCCAAACCAAAUACGGAAAUGCUAAUGCUUGGAGAUACUGUACCAAAGUCUUUGACAUGCUCACAAUAGCAGCUUUAAUAGAUGAGCAGAUUCUCUGUGUGCACGGUGGCUUGUCUCCAGACAUCAAGACGCUCGAUCAGAUUCGAACCAUUGAACGUAAUCAAGAAAUUCCUCAUAAAGGCGCCUUCUGUGACCUGGUUUGGUCUGAUCCAGAAGAUGUAGAUACGUGGGCCAUCAGUCCGCGAGGAGCGGGUUGGCUGUUUGGUGCUAAGGUGACAAAUGAGUUUGUCCAUAUCAACAACCUGAAACUCAUCUGCAGAGCACAUCAGCUGGUUCACGAAGGCUAUAAGUUCAUGUUUGAUGAGAAAUUGGUAACGGUGUGGUCUGCUCCCAAUUACUGCUAUCGCUGCGGAAACAUUGCUUCAAUCAUGGUCUUUAAAGACGUAAAUACAAGAGAACCAAAGCUAUUCCGCGCAGUCCCAGACUCAGAACGAGUGAUCCCUCCCAGGACAACCACCCCCUACUUCCUCUGAGCCGCCCCCGCCUGCUGCCCCGUCCCUCCUUCUGCCCCUUGACAAUAUACUUUUUAUUGAGCACUUUGCUGCUGAAAUGCUGCCUCUUGCCCUUUUUAUUUGUAAAUUAUCUAAAUUUAUUGUGCA